UCUCCUCCUCGUUGACGCCAGCAACCGCGACCCCUCGAGUGAGCGCUGAUGUGACCAAUGGCUGACGGAAUCCUUGCUUCCUCACAUGGCCCGUGGGCGAAUCGGAAUGUUCCGUGAGCAGAACUACAGUGGGCCUGGCUCUCAUGUUUGGUUGAAAUGAUUUCUCUGCGGUUUGGACUGAGACCGUUGCUACUGUGAUAAAGGGACAUCUGGAUGGAUACAGAGCUACCCUGCCACACCUUUCUUCGUCAAGCAAAAGUGUUUUACUUCUCAGCUGGAUACAAUUAUAAGAACAAACGGACCGUACUUUGGAAUACUUUUACCAACAUUUCUAUUUGAAGCCAACUUGAAUGGCAUGGGUUUUGAGGAAACCUUACUCUGGUAUUUUUGAAAGUGUUCACAAGAGUGGUGGAGUUUACUUUUGAGGAGUCUUCUGAAGUCUGUACAGGAACUAAAUCUCAAAAUGGAUCAAGCAAGUGGUGGAGAGGAUCCUAAUAAACCUAAUAAAAAGAAAGAAAAAGAGGAUGAAAGUAAAAACAAAAAACUGAACAUACACAUAAAAACAUUGGCUGACGACAUGCGUGACCGGAUCACCAGUUUCCGGAAGACUGGGAAUAAGAAGGACAAGCCCCUGAUCCAGCACUCCACAGACCCCAUGUCCAUUCAGGUAGAGAUGCCCAUGCCCCAGCCUCUCUUCGACGACCGCUCCAUGAACCUCUCCGAGAAGGAGAUCAACGCCCUCUUUGAGAAGAUGAUGGAGGACAUGAACCUGAAUGAGGAGCGUAAAGCCCCCCUGCGUGGGAAGGACCUGAGCACCAAGCGAGAGAUGGUUGUCCAGUACAUCUCCACCACCGCCAAAUCUGGAGGACUGAGGAACAGCAAGCAUGAGUGUACAUUGUCGUCACAGGAGUAUGUCCACGAGCUGCGUUCCGGCAUCACUGAGGACAAGCUGCUCAUCUGCCUGGAGUCCCUUCGCGUCUCUCUCACCAGUAACCCUGUCAGCUGGGUGAACAACUUUGGCCAUGAAGGACUGGGCCUCCUCUUGGAUGCAUUGGAUAAGUUGCUGGAUAAGAAACAGCAAGAAAGUAUUGACAAAAGAAACCAGCACAAGCUGAUCCAAUGUCUCAAAGCCUUCAUGAACAAUAAGUACGGACUACAAAGGAUUCUGGAAGAUGAGCGGAGCUUGCUGCUCCUGGCCAGGGCCAUUGACCCCAAACAGACCAGUAUGAUGACUGAGAUCGUCAAGAUCCUCUCUGCUAUCUGUAUCAUUGGAGAGGAAAACAUCCUGGAUAAGAUUCUGGCUGCCAUGACAAUUGCAGCAGAGAGGAAUAACAAGGAGAGAUUUGCGCCGAUAGUGGAGGGACUGGAGAAUCACGAAGCCCAACAGCUCCAGGUGGCCUGCAUGCAGCUGAUCAACGCCUUGGUCACCUCUCCGGACGAUCUGGACUUCAGGAUACAUCUGCGCAAUGAGUUCCUCCGCUGUGGCCUCAAAAAGAUCCUACCGGAGAUGAAAGAGACAGAGGAGCUGGACAUCCAACUGAAGGUGUUCAACGAGAACAAGGAGGAGGACUCCAUUGAGCUCUCCCAUCGCCUUGAUGACAUCCGUGCUGAGAUGGAUGAUAUGGGUGAGGUGUACCAUCUCCUGUCCAACAUGGUGAAAGACACUGGAUCGGAGACCUACUUCCUGUCCAUCCUACAGCACCUCCUUCUCAUCAGGAAUGACUACUACAUCAGGCCCCAGUACUACAAGGUGAUAGAGGAAUGUGUCUCACAGGUGGUCCUCCAUCGCAAUGGGAUGGACCCAGACUUCGGAUACAGGGAGAGAUUGGAUGUAGACUUCACCCACCUCAUCGAUCAGUGCGUGGAUAAAGCCAAAGUGGAUGAGAGCGAUCUGAAGGCUGCUGAGUUCUCCAAGAAGUUCGAUGAGGAGUUCAGCGCUCGGCAGGAUGCCCAGGCCGAGUCCCAGAAGAAGGAGGAGAAAAUCAAAGAGCUGGAAGGGCAGAUCUGCAACCUGAAGACCCAGAUCACGGCCGGACCAACGGCGGCUGGGACAGGAGUCCCACCUUCGCCUCUGCCGGGGGGGUUGGCACCUCCACCCCCUCCCCCGCCUCCGCCCCCACCAGGCGGCUGCCCUCCCCCUCCUCCCCCACCUCCGCCUCCUCCUGGCAUGGCCAGCAUGCCCCCUCCACCCCCACCCCCGCCACCUCCAGGAGGAGGGCCACCCCCUCCCCCUGGAUGUGGACCCCCACCUCCUCCGCCCAUCCCCGGGGCGCCGGGCAUCCCUCCGCCUCCUAUGAUGGCCAUGCCUGUCAUCAAGCUGCCUUAUGGACUGGAAGCCAAGAAGACCUACAAGCCUGAGGCCGUCAUGAAGAGGGUGAACUGGUCCAAGGUAGUACCUCAGGAAAUGGCAGAGAAUUGCUUCUGGAUCAAAGUCAAAGAGGAGAAGUUUGAGAACCAAGACCUCUUUGCCCAGCUCUCCCUCAGCUUUUCCUCCAGGACCAAAGUGAAAAAGGAGGUGGAUGAGACAGACGCCAGGAUGACCCAAUUCAAGAAAAAGGCGAAGGAGCUGCGAAUCUUGGACGGCAAGACGGCACAGAAUUUGUCAAUUUUUCUGGGCUCAUUCCGGCUGCCUUAUGAAGAGAUCCGGGACAUUGUGCUGGAGGUGGACGAGGAGAGGCUGAGCGAAUCACUGAUCCAGAACCUGAUAAAGAACCUACCGGAGCAGAAGGAGCUGAGCGCAUUGGCAGAACUUAAGGGCGAGUAUGAGGAACUGUGCGAGCCAGAGCAGUUUGGCAUUGUGAUGAGCUCUGUGAAGCUGCUGCGUUCGCGCCUCAACGGCAUCCUCUUCAAGCUGACCUUCGAGGAGCAGGUGAACAACAUCCGACCGGACAUCAUGAACGUGACGUUCGCCUGUGAGGAGCUGAAGAAGAGUGACAGCUUCAGCAAUCUGCUGGAGAUGGUGCUGCUGGUGGGCAACUACAUGAACGCCGGCUCCCGGAACGCCCAGACCUUCGGCUUCAACAUCAGCUUCCUCUGCAAGCUUCGAGACACUAAGUCGUCCGACCAAAACACAACUCUGCUUCACUUCCUGGCCGAAAAGUGUGAAGAGAAGUACCCGGAGAUCCUGAGGUUCCCUGAAGAGCUGGAACAUGUGGAGAGUGCUAGCAAAGUUUCUGCCGAGAUCCUGAAAAGCAGUCUGAGCACCAUGGAGCGACACAUCCAGAGGCUAGAAAACGACAUUGAGAAUUUCCCCAAGACAGACGACAAAAAAGAUAAGUUUGUGGAAAAAUUGUCCGGCUUCUCCAAGCAUUCGCGGGAGCAAUACGAGAAGCUUUCCACCAUGCACAAGAACAUGCAGAAGCUAUACGAGAGCCUGGGCAGCUACUACGCCUUCGACCCCCACGUCCUCAGCGUCGAAGACUUCUUCGGUGACCUGGCCUCCUUCCGCACCCUCUUUGUGGAGGCGGUGAAAGAGAACCAUAAGAAGAGGGAGAUGGAGGAGAAGAUCAAGAGAGCCAGACUGGCCAAGGAGAAAGCAGAGCGCGAGAAGCAGGAGCGCCAGCAAAAGAAGAAGCAGCUGAUUGACAUGAACAAAGAGGGAGGAGAGAAUGAGACAGGUGUGAUGGACAGCUUAAUGGAAGCCCUGCAAUCCGGAGCGGCCUUCCGCGACCGCCGAAAACGAACCCCGCGCAACGGUGAUCAAAGUCCAUCCAGUCCUGCCUCUCGGUGGCCAGGUGCUAACCAUGACAACCGCCGUGCGGUCCUGGAAAGGUCUCGAUCACGCCACAACGCAAACCCCCAGGCUCGAUGAUGGCCCGUGCCUACCAGAAGACGUUAGACAAGUGCCAAAGAGGCCUGCGAGGAGAAUCUGAGGACGUAUAGUAGGAGAGAUGGACCCCAGCCGUGUGGCACACACACACACUUAAACACUCACAGACACAUAAAAAAACACACCAACACAUGAGCACACACAUACACUAUAUAUACAAAAGUAUGUGGACACCCCUUAAAAUUUGUGCAUUCGGCCAUUUCAGCCACACCAGUUGCUGACAGGUGUAUAUAAUUGUGCACACGGUCAUACAGUCUCCAUAGACAAACAUUGGCAGAAGAAUGGCCCAUUCUAAAGAGCUUAGCUUGACUUUCAACGUGGCACCGUCAUAGGAUGCCACCUUUCCAACAAAUCAGUUAGUCAAAUUUCUGCCCUGCUAGAGCUGCCCUGGUCAACUGUAAGUGCUGUUAUUGUGACAUGGAAAUGUCUAGGAGCAACGACGGCUCAGCCGUAAACUGGUAGGCCACACAAGCUCACAGAACAGGACCUCUGAGUGCUGAUGUCGCAACACUCACUACCGACUUUCAAACUGCCUCUGGAAGCAACGCCAGCACAAUAACUGUUCGUUGGGAGCUUCAUGAAAUGGAUUUCCAUGGCCGAGCAGCCGCACACAAGCCUAAUAUCACCAUGCACAAUGCCAAGCUUCGGCUGGAGUGGUGUAAAGCUAGCCACCAUUGGACUCUGGGGCAGUGGAAUCACGCUUCAUCAUCUGGCAGUCCAAAGGACGACUCUGGGUUUGGUAGAUGCCAGGAGAUUGCUCCCUGCCCUAAUGCAUAGUGCCAGCUGUAAAGUUUGGUGGAGGAGGAAUAAUGGUCUGGGUCGGUUUUUCAUAGUUCGGGCUAGGCCCCUUAGUUCCAGUGAAGGGAAUCUUAAAGCUACAGUGACAAUGAAAUUCUAGACUAUUAUGUGCUUGAAACUUUGUGGCAGUUUGGGGAAGGCCCUUUCCUGUUUCAGCAUUACAGUGCACAAAUCACGGUCUAUACAGAAAUGGUUUGUAGAGAUCGAUGUGGAAGAACUUGACUGGCCGGCACAGAGCCCUGACCUCAAUCUCAUCUACCACCUUUGGGAUGAAUGAAUUGGAACGCCGACUGUGAGCCAGGCCUAAUCGCCCGACCUCGCUAAUGCUCUUGUGGCUGAAUGGAAGUAAGUCCCCGCAGCAAUGUUCCAAAUUCUUGUGGAACGCCUUCCCAGAAGAGUGGAGGCUGUUAUAGCAGCAAAUGGGGGACCAAACUCCAUACUAAUACCCAUGACUUUGGAAUGAGAUGUUCGACGAGCAAGUGUCCACAUACUUUUGGUCAUAUAGUAUAUAUAUAUAUAUAUAUUCACACACACACACACAGUUGAAGCCGGAAGCUUACAUCCACUUUAAACUCGUUUUUCAACCACUCCACAAAUGUCUUGUUUAUAAACUAUAGUUUUGGCAAGUCGGUUAGGACAUCUACUGUGUGCAUAACGCAAGUAAUUUUUCCAACAAUUGUUUCCAGACAUAUUAUUUUAAUUAUAAUUCACUGUACCGCAAUUCCAGUGGGUCAGAAGUUUACAUACACAAAGUUGACCGUGCCAUUAAACAGCAUGGAAAAUUCCAGAAAAGUAUGUCAUGGCUUUAGAAGCUUCUGGUAGGCUAAUUGACAUACUUUUAGUCAAUUGGAGAUGUACCUGUGGAUGUAUUUCAAGGCCUACCUUCAAACUCAGUACCUCUUUGCUUGAUAUCAUUGGAAAAUCAAAAGAAAUCGUGGACCUCCACAAGUCUGGGUCAUCUUUGGGAACAAUUUCCAAACUCCUGAAGGUACCACGUUCAUCUGUACAAACAAUAGUACGCAAGUAUAAACACCAUGGGACCACGCAGGCAUCAUACCACUCAGGAAGGAGACGCAUUCUGUCUCCUAGCAAUGAACGUACUUUGGUGUGAAAAGUGCCAAUCAAUCCCAGAACAACAGCAAAGGACCUUGUGAAGAUGCUGGAGGAAACAGGUACAAAAGUAUCUAUAUCCACAGUAAAACGAGUCCUAUGUCGACAUAACCUGAAAGGCCGCUCAGCAAGGAAGAAGCCACUGCUCCAAAACCACCAUAAAAAAGCCAGACUGGUUUGCAACUGCACAUGGGGACAAAGAUCAUACUUUUUGGAGAAAUGUCCUCUGGUCUGAUGAAACAAAAAUAUAAUUGUUUGGCUAUAAUGCCCAUUGUUAUGUUUGGAGGGAACAUGGGGAUGCUUGCAAGCCAAAGACCACCAUCCCAACUUGUAAGCACAGGGAUGGCAGCAUCAAGUUGUGGGAGUGCUUUGCUGCAGGAGGGACUGGUGCACUUCACAAAAUAGAUGGCAUCAUGAGGUGGGGAAAUUAUGUGGAUAUAUUGAAGCAACAUCUCAAGACAUCAGUCAGGAAGAUAAAGCUUGGUUCCAAAUGGACAAUGACCAUACUUCCAAAGUUGUGGCAAAAUGGCUUAAGGACAACAAAGUCAAAGUAUUAGAGAGUGGCCAUCACAAAGCCCUGACCUCAAUCCCAUGGAAAAUGUGUGGGCAGAACUGAAAAAGCUUGUGAGAGCAUGGAGGCCUACAAACCUGACUCAGUUACACCAGCUCUGUCAGGAGGAAUGAGCCAAAAUUAACCCAACUUAUUGUGGAAAGCUUGUGGAAGGCUACCUGAAAUGUUUGACCCAAGUUAAACAAUGUAAAGGCAAUGCUACCAAAUACUGAUUGAGUGUACGUAAACUUCUGACCCACUAGGAAUGUGAUGAAAGAAAUAAAAGCUGAAAUAAAUCAUUCUCUCUACUAUUAUUCUGACAUUUCACAUUCUUAAAAUGAAGUGGUGAUCCUAACUGACCUUAGACAGGGACUUUUUACUGGGAUUAAAUGUCAGGAAUUGUGAAAUACUGAGUUUAAAUGUAUUUGGCUAAGGUGUAUGUAAACCUCCGACUUCAACUGUAUAUAUUACACACACACACACACACACACACACACACACACACACACACACACACACACACACACACACACACACACACACACACACACACACACACACACACACACACACACACACACACACACACACACACACACACACACACACACACACACACACACACACACACACACACACACACACACACACACACACACACACACACACACACACACACACACACACACACACACACACACACACACACACACACACACACACACACACACACACACACACACACACACACACACACACACACACACACACACACACACACACACACACAUACACACACACACACACACACACACACACACACACACACACACACACACACACACACACACACACACACACACACACACACACACACACACACACACACACACACAUACUGCCAGGUCCUGAAGGAAAAAAAAGACCCAUAGAGAGGCUAUGCUGAACUGAGGAACUGACAAAACAAGAACAAGUACAUUUUCACUCACAGAACAUUCAAUAGUCAUACUGUUGGUCUGACCGCCUUACAUAUUUAUUCACUACUUUCUCAUGGCUCUGCCUGUACAUGACUGUUUAAAGCUUUGGAUGUUUUGAAAAAGCUUUUUUUUCUUUGUUAUUUUUGCUUUUUUGACUGGACACAUCAUACAUGGUCUCUCAAAUUGUCAUAUAGGUCCACUUGUCCUCUCAUCUCUGGUCAUAAUAUUCCGAUUGGGUGCAGUAUUGCUUGAGAAAUGUGAGUAGUGAUGGAGCUAGAGAAUAGUCAGUGAGGACUGCACUAUAUUGUAUGCUUUUCAGCAAGAAGAUUUGACUAACCACAUCCAACAUAGCUUUCCUUUUCUUUUCUGCUUGUAUUCAACACAUCCAGCAAUUGACUGUGGCCACAGGGGUGAAACCCUUUUUCUGUCAAAUAUUAUUUUCUCUGGCAUGAAACCAGAUCAUAUUAUGAAUAACGUAUCUCACAACAACGACACAGAACUGCACCCUGUAAAUGUGCAUCACUGAUCCUUGACUGAAUUCUUCAUAUAUUGUGGAUUGUAUUUAUUGUUUUGUGUUUUUUCUCCCUUAAAUGUCAAAUGUCUUAGGUCUUGAGAGGUUUUGCACGCUAGCUGUUCACGUAGAAAUCUGAAAUAUAAAUGAACAUACAAGCCUCAGCGAAAGGCUGCUUUUACUGAGCGCUCGACCGCACAAGCCAGUCGAGCUUCUGAAUUGUUAACUAGCGUUAGCAUGCUAAAGCAUUAGCUUGUCUGCUCCAGUCAGGCUUCUAAAUGGCUUACUAGCAUUAGCAUGCUAAGCCAUUAGCUUGUCAGAGAGGGAUUUCCCCAUUUCAGAAUGUCAGUGCUUAGAGCUUUCCCGUUACUAUCAGUUUCCUUCUAACCGUAGCAUAACCUGCCCAGACUUCACAUUCAUUUGACAAGAUGUCGUACGUAUCAAAAUUGCCAAAUAAAAAAAAUUAUAAAAUGCAUAAAUGCUAGUUUGAGAAUUCAGUUAGAAAAUAAAUCUUGAAUAUUGUGCUAACAGUAAGGAGCCAUUUGAGAUUUUUACCCCUUUUAUUCACACAUAUUUAUUACCAUAUUCACAAAGAGGGCCUCGAGCACGCUUGUCCCUUCCAUGUCUGAGCAGUAAAGCAGAUGCUAGAGAAACGGUCGCUUUCCCCCAAAAGGCAACCGUAGCCAGAGGAAUACAUUGAGGGUUGAUGCAGACAACAUGGUGGCUAUCUCAGUAAGGGAAGCCUCCACACACCCUCUCCCUUGCCCUACUGCUUAUGGCGUGAGUAACCGCUUGCCAUAAUGUGAGGUAAUUACCAUAACACUGCUGGAAAAGCUGCUGGCAGAAAAUCAAGCCUUCCCCGUGAUCGGAACAGAAGCUUGGGAGAAAAGCAAUGUUGCUGUUUAAACAGUCUGCCAGCGAGGUGUGUGAUGAGACGGUUUGUUGCACUCCUUGUCUUAGAAGCAUCACUGGCCAAGUUUCAUCAAUUCAAUCUCCAUAAUAUUCUAUUCCUUCAGGUUCAAGGUGCAUGAGAGUUACCUGAGAGAAGUGUGGCAUAGUCCAGGAAGGCGAUGAGUCAUGUUCUGUUGAGAUGGGGGUGUACAGUUACAGAGAAGCUUCAUCCCAAAUGGCACACUAUUCCCCACAUAGUGUUUUUAACUGGAGCCCUAUGGGCCCUGGUCAAAAUGAUUGCACUACAUAGGGAAUCUGGUUCUAUUUGGGAUGCUGCCAGAGAAAGAAGUGAAGGAGUGUAUUUGCCAUAGCUUUGGCUUCACACAAUGUGACAUAUACACUAGAGAGACCCGUUGUGGAAGAUCCAGCACUGCCAAAGGCAUUGAUUUGCUUUUUCUCAUUAAAAAGCACCCCUUUGUUCUAUUUUACCAUCAAACAGUACAUACUGUUUUCUUAACACUCAAUUUCUUGAACUAGCACCCAUCAUACAACACUAUGAAUUUUGUGAACCCACACCCAAAGGUGUUUGAUUUGUAACAUAUUCCAAUUCCAUAAGUUACUCUACGAUCUUCAGAAUGCUCCUAGCUUCAAUUUGUUUGUUUUUUUAAAAUGUCAUUUCUUUGAAUAAUUAGACAGACAAAUUGUUGUUUUAUCCUACUUUCAUCAAAUGUGGGGUUUUUUUGUGCCAAGUAUUCAAAACAUGAACAACUGUUACAGAAGGGUGACUGGAUCCUCAGUUGUAAUGUUUGGUUUUUGUAUUUAUCAAAAGGGAUCAAAUAUCUCUCAGAGUCAAGUGAAAUUAUAGUUUAGCUUGUACAGAAUCAAAUCUAGAUUUUGAACCUGGUUGCCAACUCUUUAAACAAGUCCAUAUUACACAUUUAAGCAGUUAAACAUUGAUACAUUGAAAAUAUGAAAUUGUGAUGUGAUCGCACAAUUCAUGCAAUUCAUGCAAAUAUCAUCAAAUAAUAUCCUUUGGAAUUUAAUACAGAAUAUUUUGACUGAAUUAGACUUUUUUUUAAAAUUCCAGAUGGAUCUCUCAUUCUUGAUUUCAUGGUACAAUGAAAUCAGAGACUAAAGCUCCCUUCCCCAUUUGUGAUUGUUGUAUUUUCCCCUGUAGGCUGGUCCCAUAUCUGUUUUGUGCUGUAUAGCCAACUGUCGCCUAUGCAGCACAAACAGAUCUAUGACCAGGCUAUUCAACUUGUGCUGUGGAGUGAUAAAUGUGUGCUGUGUAUACGCAGAUACUCGUAGCAGUGUUGCAGGUGGCAACAGUACCUGUCAAUGGACUGAACCACCACAGUAGUGUUAAAUGGUCCCUCUGAUUGGGCCAAAUCAUUUCAUGCUCACCCCGUGUUUGCCACUAAAGGCAUUAUUCUUACUGGAGAUCUGCUGUGAGGUGACCAUACUAAGGACGACCCGCUUAACUCAAAUGUUCACCCAAGUCUCUUAUUGACAUCAAUAAAUGAUUUACAUGAAAGUCUAAAUUGGGCAAGUGGAUCUCAAGUCAGAAUUACUGCCCUAACUGAGAAACUGACCAUAAGAGUGAUGUGUGUCAAUGAGGAGGCAGUUGUAUGUGAAACUAUUAGGUGCCAUCAUUUGGCGUAUUCUGAUUAGUAGCAACAUUUUGGGUCGACGUUCAAACUCAUUGACGGUGCACUUCAACUUCACGAUUGCUACAUUGCCACAGAUACCAAGUUAACUACUUGGUGAAAAUGUUAUUUUAAGCAAAUAGUUCAUUGCGGGCCACAUUUCCUUAUUGUUCCCAAUUUGUUCGUCCUUCAUAUUGUAAUUUGUCAAUGAAACAUUAUGAUAUGAUGAAUAAAGAAAAGAUAAAGGAACAAUGUUGACAUGAUGUAUGCUACCAUAGCCCUGCCUGCCCUCGGCUUUGUUCACAUUGACUUUUUUCUUUCUUUUUUUUUCGUAAAAACAAUUUAAAUUUGUAAUAUCUUUACAUUUAUUUGCAUCCAUAAGGAAGACAAAAAUGUAAUUGUUAUGCACACUGUUCCUGCGUGAAGUAUGUCACGGAAUAUCAUACUAAAUCAUAACCACUUUGUUAUAUAAAUUGAUUUCUGAAAGAA